AUGUCUACCGCCCCCCUAAUGACCCAGUUGGCCCCUGCUGGUGCUGGCUCAACACCCUCUACACUUUCCACACUCCUAGGAUAUGCACCCCCAGAGAACACCAUCCUAGCAGGAGACUUCAAUACCCGGCACCCAUUCUGGCAGCCAGAUACUGAGUCUCAUGCUGUCACACCUGGCGCAACAGGAUUAUUAGACUGGCUUGAUGCCCAUGAGCUGGAACUUCGCCUUGAGCCAGGCACCCCCACCCGUGGACCAAACACCCUAGACCUUGUCUUCUCUAACCUACCACUAAGGGCCCUAGUAGAAGACCAUCUAAAGACUCCAAGUGACCAUGCAACAAUUGGAAUAAUACUGGAACAAGAAGAGCCCCCGCCUAUAUACAAGCUUGGAUCUACCAACUGGGAGAAAGCCAGAGCCCUGGCAAGCCCGCCUGACCCAACCCUACUAAUUGACCUACUAGCCAAACAACUGCAACAAAACCCCGACUAUAAACAGCUCUGGAAGGCCAUUGUACAGGCAAAGGCUGAAUACUGGAAGCAGCGAAUUGAACAAGCCACAGCACCUAUAGAUGCAGUUCAAACUUGCUAA